AUGUUCCACUCACUCUCACAAAACCAAGUUGUUCCUUCCUACAACAAUACCAACGUUCAACCACGAACCUAUGAGCAAUAUCCUCACCCUCAACUCGAUGAACCUUUGGCUUAUCAACUUCCGAUCAAUAAAGUUCCAGGCAAACCUCAAGAGCAUCCUUCCGUGAAUUAUAUCCCUCAAACAGCACAAACAGGCACCACUUCUUCAUCGAGCGACCGAGGAGGAGCAAGAACCAACGGAGGCACUUCAACCACACGAACAAACAACAACAACAACGUUAACUCCACCACCAUGAAUCGAUCCUCCUAUGACGUUCCAACCAAUUUAAAACCUUCUUCAGUGUUCCGUAAUCUCUCCAACACCGACCAUUCCACAGACGCCUUCUCCCCAACCGAAGAAUCCAUUCAACUCAAAUAUUUACCUUCUUCAUCAUCCACGGGUCCUUCUCAACUCUCCUCGCAAGCCCAACAACAACUUCCAGGUCCUCCUUCGCAAGGACAACAACAAAUUUUUCUCUCACAUCCCGCUCAUGAAAAUUUACAGCCCUCUUAUGCCCAACUCGUACAAUCACCACCACAAAAUGUCUCGAUUGCCUACAAUGAGGAACCAUCCUCGAAUCGUUGUUUGAUCAGCACGACUCCAAUUGGAGACUCUGCUUCGUACACGAAACAUGUAUCGCCCAUGUCGGCCUCAGAAACGAGUGCCAAUCCAACAACGACCUCUUCGGCGAAGGCAAUGACUUCAGCAGCGAACCAGACCGGAUCAGGCUUGUAUUACACCUCGGGCCAGGAAAAUAAGACUUCUAUUCAUGAUAUUCAUCCGGCAACGAAUUUGAAUUCCUCUUCCAUGCAAAGUAAAACAGUCUUUAUUGAGAAUAUGACCAGUGAAGAGGGACAACCUUAUGGCAUGAGAAAUACCAUUCACUCUGUCCACGAGUUGGAUCCGGAAGGAUAUAAGGCAGAGAAGGAAUUCACUUGGGCAGUUCUCAUGGGAAUUCUCUUGUGUGUUUGUGGAUGUUGGUGCUGUAGUUGUUUUCCCUUCAUUGCAAUUGCACAGAAAUUUAGAAACUCAACAAGUGAAAGGGCUCGAAGAUUUUCUCACUUUUCAAAGGUGAUCAUGUUGACCGUUUUCACUACCCUGGUAUGCAUUGGAGUGAUUGGAAUCGUAGUUGCUAUUGUGGUGCCAACUGUCAUGAAGGUGACACCUUAUAGAAGACCUCAAUCCAGAUUUGUGUAA